AAGAUAGCAUAGCAAUCAUGAUUCAUUAACCACGACUCCAUAAAACAAACCACCUCCAAAUGGCCACUUCCCCACUAUCGAUAUCUCUAACCGUCCACCGCCAACUCCUUUCCACUAAAACUCACACAUCAAACCUUCCAAAUCAAGAUAACGAAUUUGGGUUUGAUCAAAAUGAAGAAAUCGGGUAGAAAGAAAACCAGCCAAACGGUGUCUUCUUCAACCUCAAAUGUCUUCUCCAAAUUAUGGAUUUCAAGAUUCAAGAACACAAAAGGAUGUGAAGGACCCCAACCAGAACCUGAAUCUUCAGACUGCAAAACGAAAGCAAACCACAUUCCAUUACCAAAGCAAUGUUCAAAUAGUGAUGGUUUUUACUGGAGGCUUUCAUUUGGGAAAGAAAAUGAUGAAGGUGACGAGAGUUUGUGUAGUUCAGAUAACAAACUCAAUGUUUCUCCGGUAGGUUAUGGAAGCUCCGGCAACAUGAUCUUUGACCAAACAAAAAUAAGAGAUUUGAUCAGUGGCGAUGCAGAUGAAGAUUUUCGCAAGUCUCCAGAAGAUUGCACUUUCGAAGAUCCAAACUUGGAGGAGGAAUGGCAGAAGGUGAAAAACAUGAAAAUCAAUGAGAUCAAGUCAAACGAUCAGAACCAUCGGAAAUCUUUUCAUAUAAGCAGAAAGCAUGGUGGUAACGUCAAAUGUCAUUCUCCAAGAACAAUUGCUAAGGCUGCAUACAAGAUCAAAGCUCUUGAAGACGUGAAGAAACCAUUGAUGAAGACAAAGGAGAGAGUGACUGAAGAUGCAUUCAGGACCAGUCUUGAUAGUUUUGCCAUUGUGAAAACUUCAUUUCAUCCAGAGCAGGAUUUCAGAGACUCGAUGAUAGAAAUGAUAAUGGAGAAGCGAAUUAGGAAAACAGAAGAGCUUGAGGAACUUUUGGCUUGUUAUUUGACAUUAAAUUGUGAUGGAUAUCAUGAUCUAAUUGUUAAGGUCUUUCGACAGGUAUGGUUCGAACUGAACCAUCUUCACUUUAAUCAAAUCUAGACUUUUGAACUUUUUAGCUUACAUGUAAUGGAUAUUUGUACAUCUGUAGCUGUUAUUUCCAUCAUGUCUGUUUGUAUCCAUCAUUUCACUAUCUUAAGAGAAUGGGAUCAAACCUGGUGACUACAUUUUCUCAAGUUAAUCAUAAUUUCUAAGUGUUAAUUA